UGACUGUUUUUCUGAGUGUCUAACUCCAGGUGUGAGUAUCAAGGAAGGCUGACCCAAGAUGGCAGCAGCCCUGUUGGAAGGCAGGCAUGAGCCGCAGGAACAUUCACAGUAUCUGGUCCUCUGGUCCAGCCCACCCUCGCCUGGGUUGGGGAAGAUGUCCUGCUCCCCUGUUACCUCUCCCCUAAGAUGGAUGCUCGAGAAAUGACUGUGAAGUGGGUCAGAGGUCCCCUGGUUGUGCAUAUGUACCGUAUGCAGAAGGAGACGAUGACAGUUCAAGCCCCUUUAUUCCAAGGGAGGACAAAGAUGCUGAGACAGGACAUGGCCGAGGGAAAAGUGACCCUCAGGAUCCACCAGGUCCAGCUCUCUGACUCCGGCCAGUACACGUGCUAUUUCCAGGCAGGCCGCUUUUACAGUGAAGCCAGCUUUGACCUUCAAGUAGCAGAACACCCAAAACGACCAUUCUCAGUUAUUGGCUCUGCUCAGCCCAUUCAGGCCAAGCAGGGGGAAGAAGUCACACUCUCCUGCGAACUCUCCCCUAAGAUGGAUGCUCGGCACAUGACUGUGAACUGGUUGAGAAACCAGACCCUAGUGCACAGGUAUCCCAUCGGGGAGAAGCUGGAGGAAUCCCAGGGCUCUGAGAUCCAGGGGAGGACAGAGCUGCUGAAAUGUGACAUGGCUGAGGGGAAGGUGACCUUGAAGAUGCAGCAGGUCCGGAUCUCUGACUCUGGUCCAUAUACUUGUCAAUUCCAGUCACCCAACUGUCACAGUGAAGCCCACAUGGAACAGCAGGUAGCAGAGAAUCUACCUACAUCUCAGAAGGACCUUCCUGUAAUGAUUGUUGCUGUAUUCCUGGUUGUCUUUACUGGUUCCAUCUUGGUGGUUUAUUUCUUCCACAAAACAAAACUCCAGAGAACCAGAGCAGAGAUUAUUCCAUUGCAUCUAGCUCCAGAAGGAGGACAGAAAAGCAGCAAAGACCCAUCUUCCUCUCCUGGGAACUGCCAGAUUCUCCUCAGGCCACCAGCUAUUGAAUCUUUUUCCCCUGAACUAGUGGAUGUAAUUAAAGAUGCUGGAGGUGUGAGCAGGGAAAAUGGCUGUUGUGAGUGUAUCUCGGGCACAUCGUUCCUUCCUGUUCCUGGAGACCCUAUAGUUGAGUUCCAGGCGCCCCUUUGCGCUGUGAGGGCCAGGAUGCGUCGUGAGGAAGGCCUCGUGCACCCCCCAAACUUUAGACCUCCUCAUCCCCCAAGGACCAGCACUGGCAUGGAGCCGGAGCGUUUAGGCGCCGGACGCUGUGUCCAAGACCUGAAAUGA